AUGGAGAUUGAAUUGCCAGCUCAGCGGGAUGCAGGAGGACCAUUUAUUCCAGGGAAACUUUUGGAGCAAAAGAGAUCUAACGCUGCUACUGCUGAUUCUGCUUCGGAGGCGGCGGCGGGUUCUGCUUCACCGCGGUCUCCGAUUCAGUUGAUGCAAGGCGGGAUCCAAUUCACUUUUCUUUUUGUUUUUUCCUUGCAGCCAAUCGUGUUUAGGCAUCUGCCAAUCAAAUCGAUGAAUCAGUUCCCGACCUGCACCAAGCGAAUUAGAGACCGCCGGCAACUCAUUUCGUCAGUUGCCCGAAGUCACAUUCUGUACCGACUUCUUAGCGAAGCCAUGAUGUUUCUAUGCCUGUUUGGACACUCCAGUUGGUUUGCAUCCUCGAGCUCACAAUGUCGUGGGCGCCCUUUAAAGCGUCCGUUGUCUCUAGACAAGAUUAAGAAAAAUUGUCAAAGGAAAUCAUGGUGCGUGUUUAUGGAGAUGAUAGCCCCUGAAAAGAAGAUGCUGGACCAUUUGACACCAACAAUAGCGUUUAACGAGUCAAUGGUUCCUGUCCCACUGAUAGAAAAACCUGUGCUCUGA